AUGGGGAACUUUCGUUUGCUUGGGUUUAUCGGUGCACUGAUUUGCCUUAUUGUUGCAUGCAGAGCCACCAUGUACAUGGUCGGUGAUACCUCUGGUUGGGAUAUCAGUACUGAUCUUGAUUCAUGGGUGACGGGCAAGAGAUUCGUUGUUGGAGAUGUUCUUGCAUUUCAAUUCUCAUCAUCAUCAGUAUGUGAGCUGACAAAACAAGAGUUCGUUAGAUGCGACACCAAUAAUGCUUUGCUUAGAAGUACCUCAGGAAACACAACCUUCCCUUUAACAAAACCAGGAGACAGGUACUUUGCUUGCUGCAACCGACUUUACUGUCUAGGAGGGAUGAAGCUUCACGUACAUGUUGAACCUAACUCAACUGCUGUGUCAACUGCUUCAACAGCAGGGGCACCUGAAGCAGCUCUAGCACCAAAUUCCGUGGGUUUACUCCCCAAAACUUCCAAGAGCAAUCACCCUGUUCUAACUUCCUCAGCUGAGUUUGUCAGAAUUGGCGAUCCUUUCUUCCUAUCUUUGCUUGGUUUUCUGGGCUUCUCAAUUCUGAGUGUGGGUAUUAUUUGA